AUGAUGGCGGAUCCGUCGUCAUGCUUUGAGCACUUUCAGCAAGCACUAGGUAUAUUGAACCGCACAGCAGUGUCACAAGAAGAAAUCAGACGCCAACAAGCGGAGGAACAGAAGGCGUUUCAAAUUCAGCAUGGAGAAAAGUACAUCCAAUUGAAGUCUUACACUGACCAGCUUGAGGCGGAGCUACGCGAAACAAAGUCAAAGAUGCAAACUCUGACAAAUUCAAACGAUGAGCUUCGCGAGGCAUACAAGGAAAAGUCAAGAAAAUGCCGGAACUGGGAAAAAAUGUGCAAGACACUGAAAGCACAACCUGGUGCUCGCCAAUUUCCGUCUCCGACCCGUUCAACGAUGGGCAUGAUGCAUCAAGAAGGUGGUACACUCGUUUCGCAAGCCAGCCAAUUCAACCGUCCAGCGAUGAGACCGAUGGGAAGAUCAUACGCGGUCGAUACAUCUAGCUCGUCGACGCGGAAUCCCAUGGCGAGCAUGGGAGGACAAGAAACACCACGCAUGAUUCAGAGACCGAAUGUUGGUAUGUUCGAUCGCUUUUCAAGACCCCAAAUCGAAGGGUCCUUACGCCCUUCCGUACAGCCCAUAGGGGGAUCAAGAACUCGAAUCAUGCGCCCGAAAACUCCGCUGCAACCGUCGCAGCGAGCCGGAUUCCUCUCAAAAAGGCCUACUUUCCGAAUGUGA